AUGGCGGCGAGAUCCGGUCUUCUGAGAGCUCUACGCGGUAGCACCAGGUCCGGCACCGUCGCGUCCGCCGGCAAGAGGAGGUUCUCCGCUUCCUCCCACGAUGAUGCCCGUAAGCGGAGAGGGCUGGGAGGAUUCUCGUUUCAUAUCACCAUGGCCUUUGCGAUGCUUUCUGAUUCUAUUACCGCAAAUGACGUCUUACGGACUUUCUUCGAUCUUCAUCGUGUUCCUUUCUUGUGACCUUUUGGUUUCUCUGCGACCUCGAAGUUCUAUUUGUUCCUGCUCGGCAUGAUUUUCGGUUUCUGGUUAGGGUUUGUUUCUUUCCAGGCGUGAAAUCAAAUUUCUCUUUGUUUUUUAAUGGCGGAUCUCAGAUGAGACGGCGAAAUGGGAGAAGAUCACAUACGCUGGGAUCGUGAGCUGCACCAUUCUAGCUAUUUACAGUCUCUCAAAGGGGCACGCGCACUUUGACGAACCACCGGUAACCAUCAGCAACCACCACCAGAUAUAUAUACAUAUAAAUGCUGUAUUUCUAGGGCUAUUUUGUUGGCUAUGCCUAUCUUCAUGAAUUUUCGAGACACACGAACUAAUCUGAGGUCUCAAAAUUACUUUUUCUUGCAGCCUUAUCCUUAUCUGCACAUACGGAACAAGGAAUUCCCAUGGGGUAUGUAUUUUCUCCGAUUAUCAUGUGUUAUCUUUCAUCACCUGCUUCCUUAAACGAUAAUUAUUGGCAUCAGCUCUGUAUGUGAAACCACGUUCAUAUAAUUAUUUUUAUUUUUCCUUGGUGGACAAUUGAGAAAAUUUUUCCCUUAUGACUGGUUUAUAUCCCUGCUAUAAUGACUUUUCAAGCGCUUAUUCCUCACCUUUGAUAUCCUUAGAAUUUCUAUUAUAAUCGUUGGAUGUACAAUCUCGUCGUUGUCCUGUGGAUAUACUCAGUUCAGGUGCAUUCAAUUAGUUUUUGUUGACAUAGAUUUCCUGAACAGUCCAAUAUUCUUUCCCGUAUUCAUACCUAAUCAAAUGUUUUUUAAAUAUGAUUUUCUCUAAUUUAGUAAAAGUGCUCUAUAUAUUGUGAUCCAGAUAGCUCUUUGCAUGUAAGCUAAAUAGUUCUGAUGAUGUUUCACAUAUUGGAUAUUAUAAAUUUCACACAUGAUCUUGGCUCGGUCUGCCUUAUCCACAGCUUUUAAUCCUAUGACGUAACAAAUCAUGACUAAUCACCUUAUCUUGCUCUCUCCUUUGCGUUGACCUUCAUCCUCUAGCACAUCAUCAGAGCACCUCUUUUCUGUUUCCUUUAACCUUGUGCACUCGACCAUUGCGGAAUUUUACUGCUGCCUCCCCUUUGACGCCGUUCAAAUGAACAACUAGUCUCCCAGCACAGCGGUAGAAAGAAAGAAAGAAAGAAAGAAAGAAAGAAAGAAAGAAAGAAAGCACUCUUCCUUUUGUUUUGGUUUGCGUCUCCAAUCUUUUCUCCUUCUUUCUACGCUCUCUGGCAUUUAAUUUCUGCCCUUUCUAAGCUCUCAAACUUUGGAUCUUCCUUGACCUAUCUUUGCUUUGUCGGCUCAUAUUUCCAUUUCUCACUCUGCUCGGCCUCAUGUCUGCCACUUUGAUUGCCUUUGCUUCACCUCCUUCUCUUUACGUUUUUUCCUCUGUCAAUUAUCUCUUAUUUCUUCUUCUGUCCAUUCCCCGUUUCUCACACACCUCACUUCUCUUUCUCUCUACGGAGAGUUCCUUCCAUUUGUUUUAUUUUUCUUUUCUUCGGGGUGGGAAUUUUCAAUAUUGAUGAAGAAAAAAUGGGUCAAUGGCUAAACACAAAGCUUUUUCAAUUCCUUAAAGAUAUUAUUUUCCAUUUAUGGAAUACUUUGAUUUCCCAAUGCUUCCUCCCAAUCAUCCUCGUUCUACAUACACGACGAGGAAGGUAGAAAGAACCGGCAGAUGUGAUCACUUUUUCAAUGAAUCGUACCUUUUGUGAGGAUCAUAGAUCACUCCCUGGGUCAUCCUUGCUGCUCUCUCCUUUACGCAUAUCUUGAUGUCGGAAGAAGUCUCAGAUGAUCGUGCACGAUGGUGCCCUUGUGAUGCAGGUCCUGACGGCCUCUUCGAGACGAAAGACCACCACGGCGAUCAUUGA